AUGGUGGAACCUACUCUAUCCCAUCAGCGUCGUUCGCUUCUUCUGCUCGUUCCCUUUAACCAUUUCAAUCAAAUAUUUGUCACACGGAUUCACCGUCUACCGACACUUUUAGCCCUAAUUGCAAAAAUACAGGAGAAUAGUGAGCAAUGGAAAAACCGGACUCCGCUGAAACGCGCAGAGGAGGGGGAAGAAACUAUCCCCAAGAAGAGCGUAACUGAAAUCCGAGAUGCUCUGCGACAGAGUCAGGAGGAGUGGCGAAAGCGUGUACAGGCGGGCGAUGUGGAAAACCUUUCUGUGGCAGAUAAACUCCUUCAGAGUAAGUCCAUAGUAGACUUCUACUUCUAA